GUGGCCUCGUCGGGAGCAAUUCUAGGGAGUGGAAUCACCCGCUCCGCAUGGGAGGGGCGGUACCCUGUCCGGAAGAAGCCUGCGGCGGCGCAGAGAUGCCAGCAGGGGGCGCGGGCCGAUGGGCCACCCCCGGGGCUAAAGGCCGGUGGUCCCUCCCAGGUCUGGAGUGCGGCGUGGCCUCGCAGCCGGAUCUCCCCCCCCCCCCCCCCCGCCCAACCCCCUCUCACUCUCACCUAGUCACCUCCCCGCCUAGUCGGCGGGCCCCUGAGGUGCGCGGCGCAGGCGCGGAGCGAGGCGGCUAUUUUUUUUACCAUCUGUGAAAACUUCCCUGUAAUUCAUUUCUCCUCACCACAGUAUUAAGAAUUAUACCAAAUUGAAAAGAUAUGAAUGAAUAUCCUAAAAAAAGAAAAAGGAAGACAUUACACCCUUCUCGUUACUCAGAUUCCUCUGGAAUAAGCAGAAUUGCAGAUGGAUUCAAUGGAAUUUUUUCUGAUCAUUGUUACAGUGUUUGUUCUAUGAGACAACCAGACUUAAAAUAUUUUGACAACAAAGAUGAUGAUUCUGAUACAGAGACAUCAAAUGACUUGCCAAAAUUUACAGAUGGGAUCAAGGCCAGAAAUAGAAAUCAGAACUACCUGGUUCCCAGUCCUGUACUUAGAAUUCUAGACCACACUGCCUUUUCUACAGAAAAAUCUGCUGAUAUUGAAAUUUGUGAUGAAGAGUGUGACUCACCUGAAUCAGUCAACCAACAAACUCAAGAAGAGAGUCCUAUAGAAGUUCACACCGCUGAAGAUGUUCCAAUUGCUGCAGAAGUGCAUGCAAUUUCUGAAGAUUAUGAUAUAGAAACAGAAAACAAUUCCUCUGAGAGUCUCCAAGACCAAACUGAUGAGGAGCCGCCAUCUAAACUUUGCAAAAUUCUUGACAAGAGCCAAGCUUUGAAUGUGACUGCCCAGCAGAAGUGGCCUUUACUGAGAGCUAAUAGCAGUGGCCUCUAUAAAUGUGAACUUUGUGAGUUCAACAGCAAAUAUUUUUCUGACUUAAAGCAGCAUAUGAUCCUGAAGCAUAAGCGUACUGAUUCAAAUGUAUGUCGAGUAUGCAAGGAAAGUUUCUCUACCAAUGUGCUUCUGAUCGAGCACGCCAAACUGCAUGAAGAGGAUCCCUACAUUUGUAAAUACUGUGAUUAUAAAACAGUGAUUUUUGAGAACCUCAGCCAGCACAUUGCAGACACCCAUUUUAGUGACCACCUUUAUUGGUGUGAGCAGUGUGAUGUACAGUUCUCCUCAAGCAGUGAACUCUACCUACAUUUCCAGGAGCACAGCUGUGAUGAACAGUACUUGUGUCAGUUUUGUGAACAUGAAACAAAUGAUCCAGAAGACUUGCAUAGCCACGUGGUAAAUGAACAUGCAUGUAAAUUAAUUGAGUUAAGUGAUAAGUAUAACAAUGGAGAACAUGGACAGUAUAGCCUCUUAAGCAAAAUUACCUUUGACAAAUGUAAAAACUUCUUUGUAUGUCAAGUAUGUGGUUUUCGGAGUAGACUUCAUACAAAUGUUAACAGGCAUGUUGCUAUUGAACAUACUAAAAUUUUUCCUCAUGUUUGUGAUGACUGUGGGAAAGGCUUUUCAAGUAUGCUAGAAUAUUGCAAACAUUUAAAUUCACAUUUAUCUGAAGGGAUCUAUUUAUGUCAAUACUGUGAAUAUUCAACAGGACAAAUUGAAGAUCUUAAAAUUCAUCUAGAUUUUAAGCAUGCAGCUGACUUACCUCAUAAAUGUAGUGACUGCUUGAUGAGGUUUGGAAAUGAGAGGGAAUUAAUAAGUCACCUUCCAGUCCAUGAGACAACUUGAUUAUUUUCUUUAACUGCCAUAAUAUUAAUGUAAAAUAAUAAAUUUGACUUUUGGAGAUGUUAAAAUAGAUGAUUUUAAGCAACUUAUGAGAAUCGUCUUUAACAAGUAAGAUUUUUUUUAAUUGUCCCAUUUUCUUAGCAUUGCUACAUUUUUCAUUACAUUUAUAAUGGUAUCCUAAAUGUGGUAUUUUCAAUGCAGGUAGUUCAUAGUUUUAACCACUAUUGGUGUCGUCUUGUUUCUUACAUAAGCUCUGAUUUCAUGAAUUGAUGAGAAAGAGAUACACUAAAGAAACUAGACCACAGUUUUCCUUCUGUAACCAUGAGUGCUAUUAACUUUUUUAAACUCAAGACAAGCUCAGUUUUUUAUAUAUAAAGUCAUUAAAAUGCAACGUAACAUACAAUUAAGUCCACUGAUACUCCCAUUAAUAAGAACCCAGACUCUCCCUCUUGCAUGCCCCAUCAGGAAUUAUCCUCAAGGCUGUCAGUAGACUCUCCAUCUGUGUAAUUCUUUUAAUAACACUAGGAGGCAAAUGUUACAAUAGGAAGCGAAGAUCCAGUUUUGUUGGCAGUCUUUAUUUUAUUCUGUUUCAACCCCUAUCCAUGAGUUAAAUAAUUUAAGAUAGGAGUGAGGAGGAACUGGUAAGGGCAUUGACAAUAAAAAGUAACAUUUUAUAACUCA